AUGGACCCACCGCUGAAGAGGAUGAGGAUGGACAUCGGCCGGGGUUUCCCCGACAUGGGCAUGGCGGCCGUUACUGGCGGAUCGCCUCCUGGCCGCUCCGUCUCCGGCGUCGAUCACGCGCAUGUCGAGCAAGCUGAUCCUAGGAUGCCGAAGCAGAGAACUUGGUCGCGCGCCUCAUCUGCCUGUCAGACGUGCCGUGGCCGCAAGACGAAAUGCGAUAACGAGAGGCCGAUAUGCGGCUAUUGUCAGAGGGUCGGGGCAACUUGCACAUAUAUCGAGGACUCGGCUCCGGCAACGUCACUCCGCGACCUGUCCGGUAACUCAAGCGACUAUCCAGACAGUCCAAUCUUCCAAGGUGGACGUCAAGAUGGUCUCCUGUCUGGGCAAGAUGGAGGUGCCGCGGAUGAGGCCAAGAAGUCCAUUCACCCCUCGUUAUCGGAUACCGCCGGACUGGACUCCGUGCUGGAGUGGCCAAUCUUUCCUAAACCGGUGCCCUUCGCGAUAGACCCCUUCAGCCAUGCUUCCCCACGUGGGGAAGCCUUUUCCCCCAGAUCACCCCCCGCCAUGGAGUUCUACGAGCUAUCCCGGCUGGUAGACUUGUACUUGACCAAUGUUCAUCCCAUGAAUCCCGUCGUCGAUGCUCAAAUGCUGCGACAGAUGUUAAAGCAGGUCGCGGAAAACGGCCCUGACUGGUCGGCAUCUACCUGUAUCGUUGCAUUAUCUUGUGCCCUCGGCGCCAUAUCCCAGAGACCUGGGCAGAGGACGCCAAGCGGAACCCCUCGUGGAUACUCCGUGGAGCCUAACCGUCAUCUGGCGUCAAGGUAUUGGUCAGUCGCCGAGAAACGACUGGGCCUCUCCAUGGGUUCACCUGGAUGGGAGUCAGUACAAUGCUUGUGCCUUGCAGGAAUCUGGCACAUGUACAACAUGGAUCCCUUACAAGCAUGGAAAUGCUUCAGUAUGGCGAGUAACACCUGGUAUACUACUUCGCUCACACACAAACUCACCAUGCCGGCUAAAGCCGAGACGCCUGAAUUCCCCCAGUCACUCUCAAUGGAGCAAAUAUUAUACUUCACUUGCUUCAAAUCUGAGUGUGAGCUGGCGUUUGAGCUGUCUCUCCCCGGUUCCAUCCUCGCCGGUGUAGACUACCCAUACAGUCUGCCCACUCCACCAACACUCGGGGUCAUGAAUCUAGAUAACAAAGUCCUGAUGAUGGAGCAAAGAUCCUGGUACUACUAUUUAGCAGAGAUCUCUGCAAGGCAACUGAUCGAUCGUUUCACUCAGGCCCAAAAGAGGUGCCCUCCCCACCCGACUGAGCACGGCAUUGACCGCAUGCUCGAAGUAUUUGAGGUCUUUGAUGCCCAACUAUCAGAUUGGUACGAGUCGUUGCCGCCGCCAAUAUCAUUCCAAAUACCCACCGGAGACAUCGCUCCUCUGGGUGAUGACCUUUGCCAAAUGCUUCGUGGACGGUACCUGGCGAUGAAGGAGCUUCUGUGCAGACCUUUCGUCCGGUUGGCUUCAACCAUCUCCAUCGCUUUAACGGUAUCAGAACACAUGGUCGCAAGGGUAGCAGAGCUUGCUUCGCGAGGUCUACAGUACUGUUUGUUCAGGAUCCAGGCUACUUCGUCUACACCUCAUCACGGCCUCUGGUUACAACUGAGGGGGUUCGUGACCUGUUCUCUAAUUCUGACGGCCGCAGAGCGGGCACAGAGUAUCCCGUCGUUGAAUAUGCCAACAAAGGUCACGUACCCUCAAAAUUGGAAGCGGACGAUCUUUGCACAAAAGGAAAUUCUUUCUAAUUGUUGGGAGUUUGAGGAAGGAGGCAUAAGCGACUGCGCUAGGGUGUUAGACUGGGCGCUUGCAAAGUUUACGGUCUGA